AUGACAAUCGAUUCGUCUUCUACCUUUGCCUUUGGAACUAGAGCUAUUCACGUUGGUGCUCCUAUUGACGCUACUACCGGUGCAGUGAUUGAACCCAUUUCAUUAUCCACCACUUUUGGUCAAUCUGAACCUUCCAAACCCAUUGGGAUCUACGAGUACUCACGUUCUGCUAAUCCAAAUAGAGACAAUUUCGAAACUGCAGUUGCCUCUUUGGAGUCAGCCAAGUAUGCGAUUGCCUUGGCUUCAGGUUCUGCAACUACUGCUUUGGUUAUCCAAUCUUUACCCAUUGGAUCUCACAUCAUUUCCGGUGGUGAUGUUUAUGGCGGGACCCAUAGAUACUUCACCAAAGUGGCCAAUCACCACGGUGUCGAAGCUACUUUUGUUGGUGACUUGGUGUCUGAUUUGGAAUCUUCAUUAAGACCUGAAACUAAAUUGGUAUGGUUGGAAACCCCUUCAAACCCAACAUUGAAGGUCACCGAUAUCGCUAAAGUUAAACAAAUUUUACAAAAUCACCAACAAGCUACUGGAAACAAGGUGUUGUUGGUUGUUGAUAAUACUUUUUUGUCUCCUUAUAUCUCCAACCCUUUGAAAUUUGGCGCUGAUGUGGUUGUUCACUCAGUCACAAAAUACAUCAAUGGACACUCAGAUGUUGUUAUGGGGGUAUUGGCCACCAAUGACACUGAUUUGCAUGAAAAGUUUAGAUUUUUACAAAACGCCAUUGGAUCCAUCCCAUCACCAUUUGAUUCUUGGUUGGCUCACAGAGGUUUGAAAACUUUGCAUUUGAGAUUGCGUCAAGCUUCAACUUCGGCACAAAAGAUUGCCGAGUAUUUGCAAUCAAAAAUUGAAGACGGGUCAGUCAUUCAUGUUAAUUACCCAGGAUUGAAAUCCCAUGAACAACAUGGCGUUGUUUUGCGCCAGCACAGAGAUGGUUUAGGUGGAGGAAUGAUCUCUUUUAGAAUCAGAGGCGGAGCCAAGGGGGCGUCAGUUUUCACUUCUUCAACGAAAUUGUUCACCUUGGCUGAAUCACUUGGUGGGAUUGAAUCUUUAAUUGAAGUACCAGCAAUAAUGACUCACGGAGGUAUCCCCAAAGCUGAAAGAGAAGCUAAUGGUGUUUACGAUGACUUGGUUCGGGUCUCAGUUGGUAUUGAGGAUACUGAUGAUUUACUCAAGGAUAUCGAGCAAGCUUUACAUAAGGUAAAGGGUUUGUAA